AUGUCCAAAACAGCUAGGUGUACAGAUGUAACACCUUUUGAUAGUGAAGUAUCUCCAUAUAAAUUUUGGACACAGUCUUCAUAUCCUACAGAUGAUAAAAAAACUUUGAAGAAACUUUUUAAAGAAUUUGUAUCCAUCAAGCAUCCAAAAUCUAUUACAAAUAAUUUGGGAUUGUUUUAG